AUGCCUCGCGACGGACACGCGAUCGAGCCGUACCGCCAGGAAAUCACCGAGAGAACCGAGGCUGGUGAGAGCUGCGAACAGGUUGCCGACGCGCUGCGCGCCCAGGGAUUCGAGGUCAGCAAGAAAACCAUCAGUCGCUGGCGCGUCACAUGGGGUCUGCGCAAACGCGCUCCCAGCUCAACUACCGGCCGCAAGUACCCUGACCGAAAGCGCCGCACGGGAGAGACAGGUACGGCCAAAAAUGCCAAGAUCAGAGGCCAGGAAGCUCGCAAGCAGGAAAUCAUCGAGCGUACCCAGCGUGGCGAGACUGCCGAGCAGAUCGCUGAAGCAUUGCAAGCACAGGGCUUCGAGUUGAAGUCUGGCGCGUCCACGAUAUGGCGACUCCAAACGACCUGGAAGCUGGUUCCGUAUGAGAAAGAUCGCGCUCGCGGCAAGGGCAAAUACGAUAGGAAGAAGCAAGCGCAGAGGGCUGCUGUCGCUGCCGGCGUACCUGGAGCUCAACCAACAAGACCUCGUAAGAAGAAGGAGAUUAUAGCGCCCUCCAAUCCUGGCGAGGUCCUCCAUUAUCCAAGCAACCUUGGCCAUGGACCAAAGAAAGGCGCCGCUACGAGCGACCCGUUCGAGGCAGCACCGACAGCGUAUUCCAACUACCAAUCUCAGCCCAUGCAGCUCGCAGGCGACGAUGAUGCUGGUGCCGCGAAUGGUGCUGGCCACGUGCCCGUGAACACCGCGGCAGACCUCAUGUCAGCGGAGUUCCUCGUUGAUCUCGCAACCAGUACCCUCACAGCUGCCAACCGAGUAAAGGAGCUCUAUCUGGCUCGCCAGAGCCAACGCCCAAUGCCGGACUCCACGACUCACCUCCCACCCACAGAAGAGGACAUACUUGCGGCAAAGCAGAAGGUCCGGGAGGCAGCCGCGGUGAUGCACGAUCUUGCAAUGCCAACGGCGACCACAUGA